GCACCGGGAGCGCGGGGUCGGCAGUGCUGUCCCGGGUCCAGGGUCUCCGGACGGGCGGCGCAGGACCUCGCCCGGCCAUGGCACCCUCUGCCAAAGGGAAAAGGAAACAAUCAGAGGAGAGUGACUCCUUGGAACUCCCUGUGUCCCCUAAACCUGAUGGUGAACAGAGCAGGAGCCAGAGCCCCGUCCAGCAGGAGGACUCCCCCGAGGCAGGCGGGGAGCGGGAGGAGGAGCAGGCCUUCCUGGUCAGCCUCUACAAGUUCAUGAAGGAGCGACACACGCCCAUCGAGAGGGUGCCCCAUCUCGGCUUCAAGCAGAUUAACCUGUGGAAGAUCUACAAGGCAGUGGAGAAGCUGGGGGCCUACGAGCUGGUGACGGGUCGCCGCCUCUGGAAGAACGUGUAUGACGAGCUGGGAGGCAGCCCUGGCAGCACAAGUGCGGCCACGUGCACACGUCGCCACUACGAGAGGCUGGUGCUCCCAUAUGUGCGGCACCUGAAAGGCGAGGAUGACAAGCCGCUGCCCCCCUCCAAGCCCAGGAAACAAUACAAGAUGGCCAAGGAGCACCGGGGGGAUGAUGGAGCCACGGAGAGACUGAAGAAGGCCAAGGAGGAGAGGCAGGUGGGCCUGAUGAUUCCAGAAAAGACCAAAACAGAUGCUACUGACCUGGCACAGCUUCCUAGCCAGGGGCCCUCUAAAGACAGCAUGAAGCAGCCAGAUCCAGCCUCUGGGCCCUCCCUGCCUUUCGUAGGUACCAGCAGCUGUCCUGAAGCCUACAAGCGGUUCCUGUCCAACUUCUACUACAAAGGGGCACAUGGCAUCAUGUCACCACUGGCCAAAAAGAAGCUCCUGGCCCAGGUCAGCAAAGUCGAGGCCUUGCAGUGCCACAAGGAGGGCUGUCGUCAUGGGGCAGAUGGCUCUGAAAGGGAGCCCCCAGAGAGUCCUCAGACCCUCAGAGGGCUAGCUGAGCACUCAGAGCACCAGCUGACCUCUCAGGAGAGACUGCAGGCCCCUGGGAGCAGUGUCAAGGCUGAGGUUCAGGCAGGGCCCUGCCCCACCGCCCCCAUCUUCACAGGCUGUUUCCACGCCUACCCUACCGAAGUUCUGAAGCCUGUCAGCCAGCACCCCUGGGACUUCUCCAGCCUGAAAGACAGAGUACUCCUGGGGCCUUCUAGCAAAGAGGAGGGGCUACCAACCCAAGAGCCCCAGCUGGGGUGGGGUGGGGAUGCCAGCCGCCCCUCUGCAUUCCAGAAAAGCAGUUCCAGGAAGAGCAGCUUCUACCCUAAGCCCAAAGCCUGCUGGGUGUCCCCCAUGGCCAAGGGCACCGCUGAAAGCCUCUUGCCCCUGUCUACCCACCACAACAUCUCAGGCCUUGGCCACAAGCGCAGCCUGGAAGAAGAUGGUUUUACCCAUGGUGGUAAAAAACUGAGGGCAGUGACUCCAUUUCUGAAGGAGAUGGAAACCAAGGAAUGUGGGGUUAAGUCUACAGCACCUGGCCUGGCUGUCUCCUGCCUGCUGGGCCCAGGCCUGGGGCCUGCUGCCCCAGAGGCAUACAGGGGUACCAUGUUGCAUUGCCCGCUCAACUUUGCUGGCACCCCAGAGCAUUUGAAAGGCCAGGCCACACUCCCCUUCAGCCCUCUGGUCAUCCCAGCCUUCCCAGCCCACUUCCUGGCCACAAGCCACUCACCUGUGGCCACUGGCUUGAUGCACUUCCCCCCUACAUACUUCGACAGUGCCCUCCGCCACAGACUUGGUCCUGCUCCAUCUGCCUGUCACAUACCACCUGUCACUACCUACACAGCACCCCCCUUCUUCCACCUCAACACCAAGCUAUAGGCUCUAACCUAUGGCAUGUACUUUGCUGUGGAGGGUCUGAUAUGGCCCAAAAUGGGCAGGCACUGCCCAGACCCUGGGCCGGAGCCCAUUGUCCAGGACACCUGGGCUGGGCAGGCUGGCACAAGGAGAGGCAAUAGGAAAACUGGAUUUGUUUCAAGAAAAUAUCCCCAGAGACUUGAGUUGUGACAAGACCUGAGAAGAGGAUAAUGCCCUCCUCCAAACAGAGGCCAGGAUCUGGGUGAGGGUCUUGGGAGUCAGAUGGCAGCUCAGAGAACCCAAGUUGCCCACAGAAAGUCCAAUAAAAAGUGUGAUUGCACCCAGCCUUGCCAUGCACAAGGACUCUCGUGAGUGCAGGUGAGCUGGGAACAGGCUCGUGGGUGGGGUUAUCAGUCUGAGCAAAGGGGACAAGCAAAUGACAUCUAGGGGCCUCAUUGCCACCACCCCUCUGAGCAGUGGACCCACAGCAAAUCUCAGCCUGGGUGUGGUUCAGUAGGCCUUGCACUGCAUCCUGUGUCUUCAGUCCACUCCCAGAUUGCUAAGCCUCAGGCAGGUGUGCUCCAGCAUAGGCUUGAGUGACUCUAGUACUUGGCUAAGCAGCAAGCCUCCAGAUUCUCUACCACAUGUGCCCUGCAUCUGCUAGCUAGCACUGGGAGGGGAGUUGCUUGUUUCGAGACAAGAGUCUUACUGUGUUACCCAUGUUGGUCUUGAGCUCCUGGGUACAAGAGAUCUGCCUGCCUUAAUCUCCCCAGAGCUGAGACUAUUAGCACGUGCCACUACACACAAAAAGAGGGGACUUUUAAGGGUGUAAGCAUGAAGGUGCUCUGGAGGCAGAUACAGAUUUGGGAGCCCUGCUGCUGAAUGCUCUUCAGCAAUCCCUUGCCCCACGCCCCUUGUCUGCCCCACACAAAAGACUCACUGAAUUCACUGAAAAAGGUCAUGGACAGGGGAAUAAAAAACCAGUCCUGUGCCCAAGCAUCUUGGUGUUGGGGUUUCUGAAAUGGCUCUAGGGGCAAGUGAGACCCUGAAGCCUUGGGCCCUGCUUCCUGCAGUAGAGACAAGGGUUCCCUUUGAGAGGUGUUCUCCAGGAAGUCUGUCCUCAGAACAGCUUUAAACCUGUACCUAGAAAGGCAGUGCCACUAUGGCCCAAGUGAUGGCAUUGUGCCAAUGUAGGUCAGCAGACAGCUCUGACUACCAUGGGAACUCACCAGGCUUCCAAACUCGGACUGUGGGCAGGGAAGUCUUGUGUGAUAUCCUCCCCCCUUAGUUCACAACUAGAGAGGCUGGCCAGGAUGAGAAGGGGCACUGAGGAUGACAGAAUUCAAGCUAAGCCACACAAUAUGUACCAGUGGCAGCUGUCUAUGAUGGUGCCCUUCAAGCAUGGUCUUUCUCAUGCUCCCCAGAGGCCAGUAUCUGCUUGACCAGCCUUGAGUUCCUGACUCAUGCACUGGCCCACUGCUCCAACCUGUCCCAACCUAUGGAGCCCAGUGAUUGGCAAAGAAGGGGAGAGCUUGAGUUUUCCCAGGUUCCUGACAAAUGUCCUGGUAACUGGGCUGCAGAUCCUGGUCAGAUAAUGGACAGGUGAAGGCUAUCUGUUAUGCAUGAGGUCCUGCCUGCUAUGUGGCAGGGUCACUGGAGUCUCCAUCUGCAAAGUGACAUUGGCCUCACUCGCACAAAUGGGGGCAGGUGGUAGGGCAGCAAGGCUUGCAGAUUGCUCAGUGCUGUGACAGUGGCACCCUCUGGAGGCAGGCCUAGGAAAUACACUUCUCAUGAGCAUCCGACUCUAGCAAAUAAUAAUAAAUAAUAAUUUCAAGGAAAAA